UCCAUAGUUUUGUAAUUCCCAACAUGUAUUGCACUCGCCAUCUACGCUCUGUUCACGUAGUUGAGGUUGGAUGCUCACGCUGGGGUGGCAUGACGUAACGCCGAUGUUGCAACUUCACGCAAACGGUCGCCAUGAUGCAAUGGGCUGCUUACGGACGGCUUUCCCUUUGCGGCAUUUUUCCGGACCUCUAAUGACACUCCCCUCCCAAUCAACACGAGAUGGGGUUCUGGUGGCACCGCAUAUGCAGCAAAGGUCCCGCAACACCCGCAACCACCACCACAAUUCCGGACGAGUCUUUCGGCAACCUGUCAUGCAAAGCGAAGUCGCGCAUUGCUUAACUUCACCCCGCUGUAACCGCUUGGUAAAACGUUGCGUCUGAACCACUGCAACCAGGAACCACCAGCGCCGCACAUCCAUGUCGCGUACAAGACGUCAAGAUGGUGGACACUAUACCCAAGAUCAAGGUGACAGACCCUCAAGCCCGGGCUACGAGCCCUUUUGAGAGGCAGAAUGGAAUCACGACAACAAUAGAGGGACCAUUGACGAACCUGAAGCUCGCCGCAAAGCUUCGCAAUUCCACCUCACCCCCUGCGCAAGCGAACGAGACACACAAUGGCAGUAGUAGUGACGGGAGGAGACCCUCCGAGGCUGCAAUAGACCCGCUCUCGCAACAAAUACUGCAGAGAACGAACACGGCGACUGGUGUACCCAAGUUACGGCCGCAAAACACUGAGGCUGUGUAUACGCAAUCACCGACUUUGCCCAAUGAAGCGAACGCGGACAAGAAGCAGAGUGGUGAGACGACACGCGAGACAGGUGGCGCAUCCAAGGCAGACAAGAAAAAGGGCGUUUCGUUUCUAAGUCGCUUCAUUGGUAGCAACAAAAAGAAAGGCGCUCUCGAUGGCGCGAGCGACAACGGUUCCGAAGCGGACGAUCUUCGACGGGAGGGUAUGGAUGCUCAAUUAUACGUCGACAACUUCAGUUUCAGUCCAAAGGUCCCGCAGCCGCCGGCAUACAUCAAGGUACGGACAAAGUUCAAAAAGGAGAAAGAGUUCGAUCGCGUCUUUCUAGCGCAACAGCUUCGUUGUGGAUCGGAUAAGAAGAGUCCACCUGCUGCUGGAUCGAAUCCAGCGCCUCAGUCCGGGUCAGCCGCUACUCAUAACCCUACCUGGGCUGUCGAAUUUAGCAAGGAUGGAAAGUACCUCGCCGCUGGUGGGCAGGACAGAGUCGUUAGGGUGUGGGCGGUGAUAGCGAGCCCCGAAGAACGUCGGUCACAUGAGAGGCACGAGAGUGACCCGCACGCGUCCGGUGACGGGGCAAAGCACCUCAGCGCGCCUGUCUUUCAGCAAAAGACCUAUCGCGAGUACCAUGGCCACACUUCUACUAUCUUGGAUCUAAGUUGGAGCAAGAACAAUUUCUUAUUAUCCUCAUCCAUGGACAAGACUGUGCGGUUAUGGCACGUCAGUCGCGACGAGAACCUCUGCACGUUCAAGCAUUCGGACUUCGUCCCUUCAAUACAGUUUCAUCCUACGGAUGACCGGUUUUUCCUCGCUGGGUCGCUCGAUGCAAAGCUGCGGCUUUGGAGCAUACCAGACAAGAGUGUGGCAUUUUCAAUCACAGUACCGGACAUGAUCACUGCCGUUUGCUUUACACCAGACGGAAAGACCUGUAUAGCGGGGACACUGGGCGGGCUAUGCAUGUUUUACGAUACCGAAGGGCUUAAAUGGCAGUCGCAACUUCACGUAAAGUCGACAAGAGGGCAAAACGCCAAAGGCAGCAAAAUUACAGGUAUUCAAGCGACGUACUGGCCACCAGGAAGUGCAAAUGGAGAAGUAAAGCUUCUAGUCUCGAGCAACGACUCAAGAUUACGGGUCUACAACAUGAAAGACAAGAGCCUAGAGAUGAAGUUUAGAGGCCACGAAAACAACUGCAGCCAGAUUCGGGCUGCGCUCGCUGAUAGCAGUGGACAUAUCAUUUGUGGUAGCGAGGACCGAAAAGCGUACAUUUGGUCAACAACCGCUACCGAGGGCGAAAAGAGGAAUGAGAGGCCUGUGGAGAUGUUCGAAGCCCACAACUCAAUCACCACAUGCACGGUCAUUGCCCCGGUCCAGACCAAGCGGCUGCUCAGCGCUUCGGAAGAUCCCAUCUUCGACCUCUGUAACCCUCCACCAGUUACCUUGGUGUCCCGCGCUGAAUCGGGAAUCUCUUCACGAGCGCCUACUGAAGCAGGCUCAGCGCUUCCGACGCCGGCUGACACGGAUGCAACGUUCAAGAGGGCUGCAGAGAGCCCAGCAUAUAUCGCACGUUCCGCUCAUUGUGGUGGCAACAUUAUUGUCACAGCAGACUAUACGGGUUCCUUGAAGGUUUUCAGACAGGACUGCGCUUUCGCCAAGCGUUUGCGGAUGAGCGAGACGUGGGAGACGUCAUCGAUGAAAAGAUCGGGAUCCAGGAUCGGGCGACCGAGCAGCAUCCUUUCACGUACCAGCCGGACUAGGAGAGAUAGCGUAUCGACACAACCACCCAAUGACCGUAUCAUGACUUGGCGGCAAGGUAUCUCACAUGGCAGCUUCGACUCGACGAACAGCUCCGUUGCAAACCGCAGUGCCUCGCCUCGCAAGCCCUUGGUUAGUCUCGGCUUGCAAUCACCACGGCCACUAGACGCUCCUGCGCAGGCUCCUACACAACCUGUCGCGGCUGCUAACUCUGGACUCACGGGAACUCCAAAGACAUCCAUGUCCAUAGAGCGCACCACAUCCACACAAAGCGUCUCACACUCUGAAAACUCGUCCUCGCCUCAUAAGCAGCCCCUGACUCAGGCGGAACCCGAGCUGUAUGAUAGCUUCGACCGUCGGCCGUCCGCUUCAAAUCCCCUCGCUGUGUAUAACGGCCAAAGCUGGGCUUUCUGGUCGACUCGCGAUAAGAGCGGUCUCACUGCCUCGAAUGCCGACGACGACAGACCAAACCUGAACCCAAGACUUAGCAAUGCUAGUCAGAUUAGCAAGCUGACCAGCGAGAUGAGCGAUCCAGGUCAUAGUGGAGAUGAGAGUCGUAAGGAUGAUAUCCAGUGUAUCAAGUGUGGAAGUGAAGAGUUCAAGGUCCGGUUUCAAGAGGGGGAGAAAGUGCUAGUCUGUGGGGUCUGCGCGAGGGUCGUUGAAUAGUUCUCGUGAGCCUUCGCAGUGUUGCAGAGCUGUAGUACAUAUGCGCUAGAAUAAGAUGCUACUAAGCAGGUAAGCUCACACCUCCCUUGUUGAGCU